CGGCUCGGGGGCGGUGCCGCCGCCGCGUUGGUUCCUGCUUCCCGGGCAGCCCGGGGGAUGCGCGGUGCUGUCCGGCAGCCGCACGUCUGUCUUCCCGCAGCGGCGGUGCCCAUGGCGGCGGAGCCGCAGCCCAAGGCGCUGACCCGCAAGCCCCUCCUGCUCAACAAAGUGGAGGGCUCGCAGGAGGUGGUGAACAUGGCAGCGAUCGUGCCCAAGGAGGACGGGGUCAUCAGCGUCUCCGAGGACAGAACAGUUCGUGUCUGGCUGAAGAGAGACAGUGGGCAGUACUGGCCCAGUAUAUACCAUGCAAUGCCAUCUCCAUGUUCAUGCAUGUCUUUUAACCCGGAAACCAGAAGGCUGUCCAUAGGUCUAGACAAUGGUACAAUCUCAGAAUUCAUUUUAUCAGAAGAUUACAACAAGAUGACACUAGUGAAGAGUUACCAGGCUCAUCAAAGCAGGGUCAUCAUGAUUCUAUUCGUCCUGGAGAUGGAGUGGGUGCUGAGCACCGGCCAAGACAAGCACUUCACGUGGCACUGUUCAGAGAGCGGCCAGCGGCUGGGAGGCUACCGUACCAGCGCGGGGGCCUGUGGCCUGCAAUUUGAUGUGGAAACCCGGCACGUGUUUGUUGGUGAUCAUUCUGGGCAAGUAACCAUACUCAAACUAGAGCAAGAGUCCUGCAGCCUGGUGACAACAUUUAAGGGACACACAGGUGGUGUCACUGCUCUUUGUUGGGACCCAAUACAGCGAGUUUUGUUCUCAGGCAGUUCUGACCAUUCCAUUAUAAUGUGGGAUAUUGGAGGAAGAAAAGGAACGGCCAUCGAGCUGCAAGGACAUAACGAUAAAGUUCAGUCUCUCUCCUACGCUCACCACACUCGGCAGCUCAUCUCUUGUGGUGCUGACGGGGGAAUCGUUGUCUGGAACAUGGAUGUUGAGAGACAGGAGACCCCUGAGUGGCUGGACAGCGACUCCUGUCAAAAAUGUGACCAGCCUUUCUUCUGGAACUUCAAGCAAAUGUGGGACAGUAAGAAAAUAGGCCUCAGGCAGCAUCACUGCCGCAAGUGUGGGAAAGCUGUCUGUGGCAAGUGCAGCUCCAAGCGCUCCUCCAUCCCGCUGAUGGGGUUCGAGUUUGAAGUGAGGGUCUGUGAUAGCUGCCACGAGUCCAUAACGGACGAGGAGCGGGCGCCCACAGCCACUUUCCACGACAGUAAGCACAACAUAGUUCAUGUACACUUUGAUGCCACCAGAGGGUGGCUGCUGACCUCGGGGACAGACAAGGUUAUUAAGCUGUGGGAUAUGACGCCGGUAGUGUCUUGAUACAUCUCUGGAACUUGAAGGGUGACAUUCACAGAAGAAGCAGAUUUCUAACCCUAAUCAUUCUGCAGCAGAUAGGUAAUGCAUAUGGCAGAUGAGAAAGGAACUCAUGUGUUUACAACAAUUUAUGUCCUCUGCUUGAUCAAGGCUGAACAUUUGCACGAAGACUCUUUCCACUUACUCUCAGAAUAUACAAGAAGGUAUUUUUUUAACUAAUGGUUUGUACGAUCUGACUUCGGUUGUCUUGAGUUUGUUUGGAGAAUCCGUGUGCGGUGCAGUUUUUAGUUUUUAUACGUCAUGAUGUCAGGAUACUUGCUGCUUAGUCCCGAGGGUUCUUGGUCUGUGUCUUACCAUGUCAGUUUUCGGUGUAAGGCGAUCGGCUCUCCCCACAGCGAGCACCUGUGUGUCCGGGAUGUUCCUGCUGGCGAUGCUCCCUUCAGCAGAAGAGCUCCAGGCACGGCUCUGCGCCUUCUCUGGUCACGUCACCGAGCAUCUGAUGGACUUGCAAUUCCGACCAAGGGCUCUGCCAUCCUCUGGUCCUAGCAGACAUCAUCCGGAGAGCGUUUUAUUGUUUUGUUGUAGCUAAAGCACGGCUUCCUGCCACUUCCCUUGCCGCACCAGUUGCAAAACCCGGGGGCCAGGUUGCUUAGCAACUUAUUUCUACAAAAAGCUGAAAUAGUUUUCCAGCUCGGAGCAUUGGAAGGAGCACACGGACCCACCUGGAGUCUGAUGAGGCUGACAGGAGGAUUCAAAUGAAGUUACUGGCAACAACAAGUUUCAGAAGUGCGUGCAGGGGGUGGGGGAGCGGAUCUAAAACUGGUCUGGGGUUGAGAAGUCUGUUUUACCUCUACCUCUACCUUGUGCAGCAGCAUUUCAGCAUUUAUACCUGUCUGUGUUGUUGAACACGAAUUUGAUUUUCCUGUUUUCCAUACGGUUAGUCAUAUUUAUUUUUUAAAAUGCCGAUGAUGUUUUUAUUAAUUUCCUCUCUAGAUCAGAAACUGAUAUUACUGAAUGACACUUAUUGUCCUGUUGUCAUAUUUGACAGUUUCUUUUAAGAAUAAAGAAGUAUUUAAAAACCUGGA